AUGCAGCGCAUGAAGAAUUUCGUCAGUCAAAAGUUCUCCGGCGCAACGCGUCAGGAUUCGCUGCAUGCAGUCCGCCCGCCUCAACAGGAACCGCAUGCGCCUGGGGCCGCCACGGCGGGAGACGCUUCCGCUGCUUGCGGCGGUCCAGGCGCCUCGGCUGGGAGCUGCGCGGGGCUGGCUGCGGGCGCCGCAGGCGUAGCCAAAAAAGGCGCUUUCGGGAAAUCCGCUGGAGAAAUGUGGCAACUCGAGGAGCAAACCAAAUUCGUGGGACGCAUUGACGUCUUCCUCUCCAGAUUCGACAAGCUUCUCACAGAGUGCGACAGCAUGCACCGGGACCUUGGAGACACAGUUAGCGUUUUCUUCAGUCGCAACACAGGAUUCCGGGAGACUGCACUCGAGAUGGCUGAUGUGCUGGUGGCGUUUCGUGCGAUUCGACUCGAGUUGGUACUGCUGAAGGAGCGAAAUGAAGCAGCGCAUCACCUAGACCACUACACAAAGAAACUGUCACGUCUAAAGAGCGAAGCCCCGUCUGGCCCCAAGGCUGAAGAGCGCAUCGCGCGAAAUGAAAACAAACUCGAGCGAGCGUCCAUCGAGUACCACACCGCAGAGGAAGCCGCCAGGUCAGAGUUGCAGGAGACUCUUGGGACGCGCUUCUUUUCGGCUGCCCAGCUAGUCAGCAAGGCGCUCCUCUUGAGCCGCGAGCUCUUCUCAGCGGCGACUCCGUGCCUCGCGCGGCUGCCGCCUCUCCUCGGUGCUCUCAGCGCGCCCAGCGACGACGCAGCUGGAAUCCUCGCCAGACGGUGCGCGCCGUGUCUCGGAGCGGCUUUCUCGCAGCCCGGCUUUCCUUCCUCCGUCCCCGCCAUCAGUCCUGCGCCGCCCCUUUCCAGUCACGCGCUCUUCAAGACGCCGUCGCCAGCAGACCUCUUGGCCUCUGCACAAGCGCAUGCAGCCUCCAGUGAAGCUGCGCCGUCGGUCUACACAGCCCCUCACUUCCCGAGCGCAGCGAGACCCGGCGUUGUCUCUCCGCAGACCCCUGCACUCGCCGUAGGUAGCCAGUCGCAAGUGCCCAGCGUGGCGGUAUUCCCGGGCGAGGCCUUGGGCCCCGUCCCUGACGCCGGUGCUGGCCCUGGGGCGAGCGGAGGUGUCUCCUCCGCGGCGCCCGUUUGCGUGUGCAGCCUCUUGCGGGACGACAGCACCGCUCUCGCCCCAGCAAGUCGCUGCGACGGGUCGUCGGCUUCCCGCGAGGCAGGCGCGCUGCCUUCCGUGUCUCCUGUGUCUCCUGAGGCGCUGCCGACAGCGAAUGCGGACACCCCGCAGUUUCCGGGCGCGACGGGGACUGCGGCUUUCCCUGGAGGCCCCGCCGCGCCCGGAAAUUGCUCAUUGGCCUGUGGCGCGGAGCCUCACUCUUCUUCGCAGGGGGGACCGUCCGGCUCGGCGGGUGUCGGGGGGCUGCAAGACCCGCUUUCAGGCGCUGGAGCGGCGUCGCCUUGGGAGGGCGUCGGUUCGACUUUGCCAGUGUCUCCUUACGUCGCCGGCGCUCACAGGCGCGAGGUGCUGUCUCCACAAGCGCCUUCCUGUGGCUCCACUCAGAACGCGCCACCGCAGCUCAAGCAGCCGCAGGCGAGCGCCGAGCCCGCCGGAGACAGGAUCCCGCCGAUCCGCUGUGCCUCGUCCUCCUCGCUCUCUUUCGGCCACCACUACCCGCCACACUCGCCCGCGGAAGCGGCUGCGGCGAGUCUUCCGGGCGGGGGAUUCCCAGAGUCUCAGCGGCGGCCCGCGGGGCUGACUGCGAAUCAAGGCGGCCUCGCAACUGCUGACUCCCUCGCGAGUCUCUCCAACGGACCCGCAACGGCCGAGGCGCUGUCUCCGUCUCGAGGGGUGCGAGGGAGAGACGCGGAUGCAGGCCAGCGCAGAGGAGAGAAUCGGAUCCUCCGAUGGAACACCGUCGGCGCGGCUGGCCUCACGCAACGGCUGUCGUGGAGUCGCUUCAGGCGCCGGCCCACUCGACAGCAGAGCGCGGGAGGACCGGGCCCCGGGGGGGACGAGCGGGUCCACCUUCCGGAUUCGCCCCUCUUUGCGUUUCCCGAGACCGCGCCCCGAGUCGCCAACCACACUCCGGGGCUUCCUCGCCCAGACCCAGGCAGCCACAGAGGCCAGACGUGUCCGAUGUCUGCGUCACCCGCCCUGGGGGGGGUUCAAAAUCCAGGAAACAACGAACCGCGAAGCAGAGGCCAGGUGCUCAGCCAAGAAGUGGGAACACCGGCCCGGAGAAGGGAAGGCGUUCAUGCACCCGGCGCAAACACUUCCUGCGCAAAUACUUCCGCGGCAAAUACUUCCGGCGGCGCAAAUACUUCCGCGGCAAAUACUUCCUGCGCAAAUACUUCCGGGGCAAAUACUUCCUGCGGCGCAAAUACUUCCGCGGCAAAUACUUCCUGCGCAAAUACUUCCGGGGCAAAUACUUCCUGCGCGCAUGGGGCCCCGGCAGCGGGGUCUGGGGAAGGCCAAGACGGUCUGGAGACGCCAGACCUCGUCCUCGCCGGCAGCCCGAGGCCAGGCGCAACCUCCGUGGCAGCCGCCGCGCCUCCUCUGAAGCAGGCGGGAUCGCAGAGUUCCCUGGGAGCGAGGUCGAGUCUUGGGAAUCUCGACGCUUCUCUUCCUCGAACGGACGCCUCGGAGGCCAGAGCAGGCGAAGAACGCGACGGCCAUUCUUCCGCCUCUUCUGCGUCUGCUCACAGCGACGUGUUUGUGAGGGCGGCAACCCAAGAUUCUCUCUCUGUCGUGGGAGGGCGCUCGGCGCAAGCGUCGACGUCGCUGCUUCUUGCAGCAACUGCAACCAGACCUGGUCCCGAGAAGAGCGGCGCGUCUGGGGGCUCUUCGAGGAGCUUGUCGCGGCUCGCGCAGGCCGACAUUCCCCUGGGGGCGCCGGGAAACGCAGAAGGCGGCGAGGCAGACGCGAGCGGGAAAGACGAGGACAAGGGGAGAGAGCAGAGCGUCGAGGCGGGGGCGCCGUCGCGUUCUUCGUCGAUCCUCACCUUUGGGGCCCACGGCGAGCCGGAGCGUUUCGAGGAAGAUCGGCCGCGGACGGACCGUGUGGAGAGCGUCAGUGCCGGUGGAAGAGACACGCUGGAGGCGCGGGAGACAGAAAGCGAAGGGGAGCCGAGGCAAGGCUGUUCCUCAUCGUCUGUGUUGUCUGUGUCUCCAAGAGAGCGCAGCAGCGAGGCGGAAGAGUCUGGCGGCGACGGGGUCUUUUCGGCUCCUGCGUUUCCCGAAGGCGUGUCUCCUCGUCUGGGGACCCUGGCGGUGCUGGGCAUGGACGGCGGAGACAGGCCUGCGUCGCCUCGACAGGGCGACGGCGCGAGUCCGAGCAGCAAAUCUGGGUCCGUGAGUUCCCGCUCAUCGCUUCUGUCGUCUUCUCAGCCGGCCAGCCCUCCAGCGCCGUCAUCCGCCUCCGCGUCCUUCCAGCUCUUCCCUGGCAGCGUCUCUUCCUCGGUGUCUUUCUCGCCCCAGUCCUCGGUCUUGCUCGACAUGCAGGGGCCGCCCUACUUCUCCUUGCCUUCUUCCCUGGCGACGCUCCCGCAGAGGGCGGGGAAGACGCGCUCGGCCUCGUCGCUCGGGCAGCCGGAAAGUCUGCUGCGCCUGCAGUCGGAUUCCGACUCGCGCAGGCGAAGUUUCGAGGUGGGUUCGCCGGACGGCUCGCCGCUAGUCGCGUUGAAUGGGACAGGCCACGAAACUCUGGAGCCGCACGCGGCGGUUCCCUCGUCGAAACCGGCGCCUUCGCCCUGGACGCUGCCAGCCUUCAGCCGCAGGCGCGGCUCCGCGGGGGAGAGCAGGCGCCGGGGCUUCGGGCCUGCAGAGACACCAUGGGGGUCAGGCCCCGGCCUGGAGAUGUCGUUUCCUGUGGAAUCUGGAAACUCUCUAGAGAGGGCGGCGCCUGGGAGGUCAGCGUUCGCGAGUCUCCCCUCUGUCCAGCACGCGGACGGAUUCGCGUCGCCCUCCGUCCCGACGCCGCCGAGGCUCGCCCUUCCCCCAGAAGAAGCCCGAACGCAGCUGGAGCUAAGCAGCGAACCCGAGGAAGACGCCGAGGCGACCCCGCCGCGAGAGGAAAAACCUCGCCGAGAGAGAAGUGGAGACGAGGGGAGACGUCAGUGUUCGCGAGAAGACGAGGUCUUCGCCGGGUCCCCAACCGCCAACGGCCGACGGCGGUCUUCGGGGGGACACGGGGGACGAGGAGACACGGAUCCGCGUGCAGCUGGUGCGCAGAGACGCAGGGCGUGGCCCGGAGACAGAGGCGCUGGUGCGGUGCGCCCGGGAAAGGAAGAGACAGCGAGAGACAAAAGCGAAGCGUAUCGCACAGGCGAGCCGCGCAGGUCCCGGGUCUCGAGCUUCGCGCGCGAAGACAGCUCCUCAGACGGGACCCGAGAAAUCCCUUUCGGGUCUUCGCCAAGGAGUCCACCGGGCGGGCGACGCAAAGAGCCGAUCUGGAGCGACGACGGCUCGGAUUUGUCGGCGCCCGUGGGGCCCGUAAGCGCUUCGGGGAAGAACAGAGAGGAAGCCGGGAGUUCCUCGAGCCGGAGCAGCUCGGAUAGAGAGGCGCAGACGGGGAGAAGAUGCGAGCGAGCGGAGGGCGGGGGCGCAGAGUCCCCCCGCGUCUCGUGGAAAGUGUACCGUGACUGA